GCGGUCUAUGGUUGGCUUCUGUUCAUGAAUCUUUAAUUUUGACCUCUCAAGAUCUCACGCGUUCUCGAGUUCUCGAGUAACCUCGAUCAUGUCUGGGUAUCUUUUUACUACUCCUGAACGUCCUAUAUAUUAUUGUCAUAAUUCCAAAAUCACCACCACUGGUUCCCUCAAUUCCUAUCCAUCAAUGAACUUCUCGAAGUUCGUUUUCCAAUGAAAUCGAGACUCCAACAUUGACCGCUUCCUCACUUUCUGUGGAACAUCAAAAUAUAUCUUGACAUGACAAACCUGAAAUUGCGCUCCCGGAGAAAUGAAUUACAGUCGAGCAAUCCCGACCUGUCAGAGUCACGACUAUCGUAUACUUCUGUCACCACCUGCAGCAACAGAUUCUAAUCGUUCGCACACCCACCUUGACCGCAAGCCUCCUCAUAGAUUCAACACUUAGCAGCGCAACUACACUUCGGAUGAGCCAAAAGGGCCUGUCACUUUCGCAAGACCUCUCGUCUUUGGCGUUAAACAACCCGGAUGAUAAGAUUUCUGAACCUAGUGGGGAAGGGGAUGAUCUUAAUGGGGAGAACUCGGAGGGUGUGGGACUCGAGGGGUUGAAUACGGAGGGUGGUCAGCCAUAUGGCGACAGUAACAGAAGGGUAGGGAAUGGUGAAGAGUCGGAGAGCUCUGUAGGGCUUACGUUCGCGAGCAGAGGAAGGAACGCGGCCUUUCAUGCGUCGUUUCCUGAUAUUCCAGAGGAAGACUACCUGAUUGAUGAUUACAGUUGUACUCUUCAACGCGGCAUUGAAGGAACACUGUAUGUCUCGAAGAACCAUGUCAGUUUCCGCGCGACACAAUAUGGCGCGAGGACUCAAUUCUCAAUUCCUAUUGUCGACAUAACCUCGCUUAAAAAGAAAAUGACUGCCUACGUGAUCCCCGAUCUUCUCCAAAUCACGACAUCGACAUCACAAUUCGAAAGAACUUUUGUAUCGUUAUUGGCCAGAGAUUCGAUGUAUGAUGUUAUUUAUGACGCCUGGAUCAGAGUAACGCGGCCUGCGAAUGGUGCAGAUGAGGGAGUCCGUGAUGGCCCAACUUCCAAAGAAACGACGUGCGUGUGCCUGCAAGACGGCCACCAUUACCUGGGGCUUGCGAUGGAUGUGGUUCUACCUGGCACGCCAGAAAGAAUACAUAACCUGAUGUUCGUGAGCGGGUUUACAAAGGAGUUCAUGAGUAGGGUACAAAAAUUUACUGACAUUCAAAUAUCUGCCUGGAUCCCAAUCUCUCCCCAUGAAAGCCGCCUAGUCCGAAAUAUUUCCUAUACCAAGGACGCUACCAAUGGCUCUAUCACCCUCGCUUCGGCCAAAUGCGAAAUAUUGGACGAACUUAUUCAUUGCGAUUUUGAUGGUUAUGUUUCUAUAAUUUCCACAAUGAAGGCACCUGCUUUUCCUGCCGGAAGCCUUUUCAGUGUCAAGACGAGGACUUGUCUGAUGCGGGCCAGUGCGACAAGUACUAGAAUUAUUGUUUCAACGCAAAUGAAGUGGACCCAGGACUGUUUCAUCAGAGGCAGCAUCGAUUUUUGGGCUAUGGACAGCCAGAGAACCUACUACAGUGAUCUUGAACGCGCCAUGAGCGCGUACAUCCGAGAUUAUAAAUCCGACUUCAUACCCGAGGGUGUUGAUAAUCCUAUCAUCUCUCUCUCAGGCUCUGCGAACCCCGCUACCAGAGUUGCCAUAUCUGCUCCCCCUGUCCCCUUCGCCCCGCCGUCCGAGAAUCGUUUCGCAUUAUCUCAUCCGCCAGCGUCCCGGAGUAUUGCAACAUUAAAUGAUAUUCGGACCGUACUAUCUUUGGAGACUGCUGUCGACACCCUGUUGGACCUGGAAGCUCCAAAAGUACCUCCAGUACUCGACCUCCUUCAAAAGGAAAUACAAACAAAGGGUUUGGACACUGAUUAUCGCCGGAAAUGCGGGAAGUGCCUCCGACUUCUGGUCAAUAAGCACCAUGUUCUGCCGCCUUCGCUGUUCAUGAAUAAGGUCUCUAUGAGAGGCCAGUAUCCAUUAGCUGUAGGAGGAUACUCGGACAUAUACAGAGGAACUUUUGGCGAUCGGUCAGUAUGCCUCAAGGUUCUGAGGGUACACAUUAAAGCAGAUGAAGAACGAGCGAAGAGGGAGCUCCGCGAAUUCUACAAAGAGGCGCUACUGUGGACGCAGCUUAGUCAUCCCAAUCUCCUGUCUUUCCUUGGUGUAAAUACCUCCCUCUUCCCCCGAAGACUUUGUCUCGUUUCUCCGUGGAUGGAGAACGGGCAGAUUAACAAAUUCUUGGAAUCAAACCCUACUCACGACAGACUUAGAACGAUAUCUGAAAUUGCAACUGGUAUAUCAUACCUUCAUUCUCAUAAUAUUGUACACGGCGACAUCAAGGGAGCAAAUGUUCUGGUGGACAAACAUGGGCGAUGCCAUCUCGCAGAUUUCGGUUUGGCUGCAGCUUCCGUGACAAGUACUUUACUCAGCACUACAACAAUGAGUGGUGCGAAGGGUACGAUCCGGUGGAUGGCACCAGAACUCUUUGAUUGGAGCGGUAAUACUUCCACUACUGACUCACCAGAUGCUCAUGAAAAUUCGAAACGCAACAAUGUCAAGCCAUCGAUCGAUAUCUAUGCCUACGGGUGUACGGUUUAUGAGAUAAUAGCGGGGAAACCACCGUUCGCAAAUCUCACCGACCCACAAGUAAUAUUCCAAGUUAUCGGUGGCGCUCGACCAGAACGGCCGUCUGCAUCAGUUGUUAAUUGGUGUCCUGAUAAUAUUUGGGAGUUGGUUCAACAAUGUUGGGCGCAGAAGAGGGGUCUUCGACCGCUAGCUGCUGAUGUCCAUGCAUACCUCGAGCGUCUGGAACGACUUCGUGUGCAGGGUCUUUCUUGGGAAAAAAUGUUCCCUCCCUCCGUAAAGGACGAAUAGUGUGGAUGGUAAUGACCCACCGAAAGUAUCGAGGACGCCUAGAAUGGGCUAUACGCUACUCGUCCAUGCGAUGAACACAAAUUCGAGUACUGCAUAUAGCUUGAAUGUUCCACCAUAAGUAUCUACAAAUGUAAACUUGGUGAACGCUUUUUACAGUUAAAAA